AUGGCGUUUUUGAAUGUGGUAGAUGAUGGUAGAGAUAUGGAUCAUGACCUAGGGGGAGGAAGACCGCCGGAUAGGGGCAGGCAACUUUGCCUUACUGAUUUCUGGAAACCUAAAUUAAAGGAUGCAUCGGAAGCGGUUAGAGAAGAAUCUGAGUUUCAAGCCAAAGAAGAUCUGAGUACUAAGGUGGAUGACAGCAGAAAUCAGAAAGAUAGAGGGGAUGGUGUGAAGAAAACUUUUUCUACUGUUGUGGGUAAGGCUUUACCGGACGUGGAGCAGUUGCCGGAUCCAAUUCAUGCUGGGGCGCACACUAAGAUUAUCAUCCCGCAGGAGGCAUAUGAGGAGAGGCUGGAAAAAUUCAAGUUUGCUUUGAUAGGUAGGGCAAACUUCAAAUUUAUGUCUAUGAAUGAUAUUCGUAAAGAUGCAGGAGAGGGGUGGAAUUUGAAGGGGAGAAUUUCUUUGUCUCCUAUGGGGAAAGGCUUCAUUUUAUUUCAGUUUGAGUUGGAAGGAGAUAUGUCUGCCAUUUGGAGAAGGAACCUAAUCAAGGUUAGAGGACAAUUGAUUCGAUUCCAACGCUGGAAACCAGAUUUUGAUGUGCAUGCGGUGAACAACCCAACCAAACUGGUGUGGAUCAGAUUUCCAGGCCUUCCCCUGGAAUACUGGCAUGAGAAGAUCUUGUUGACAAUGGCUAAAGGGGCAGGUAGACCUGUGGCCCUGGACAGACGCACCAGAUCGGCGGCAAUGGGGAAUUUUGCGCGUGUUUAG